AUGCGCCAGUCAACCACGCCUCAGCCAACUGGUCCAGAGAGCAUCUCUUCUUCGCGGGUUUCUAAGCUUGCCAGAAGACCGCACCGCAAGUCGAGGAACGGAUGCUUCAACUGCAAGAGACGAAAAGUCAAGUGUGACGAGGUGAAGCCUGCAUGUGCCAACUGUGUGCGCUUUGGCAUCCCCUGCGACUUUGCACCACAACCGCCAUCCAGCGACGACUCAGCUCCGCAAAGGUCUCCUCCAGAGAUACUAUCAGUCCUAGCAGAGCCCGUCACUACACCACGUCGUGGUCCUGGCCGACCACGCAAGGACUGGGCUGCGCUCACGCGACCACCACCGCCGCCGCCGCCAGCGUCAGCAUCAGACAGAGCUACCACAUCUCCAUCUUCUGCUGCAGCUACACCAGCUUCUUCUUCAACAAUAUCAAACUCGCAGAUAUGUUCCUUGAAUGUUGCUGACGCUGAGUUGCUCUUCCACUUCAUGACCAACACGUCCAAGACCUUGCACGAUAGUGAUGACCCUGCUGACAGCAUCGCAUCGUUCUGGUCACAAAACGUGCCUCAGAUUGGUCUCUCUUAUCACUUUGUCCUUCAUAUGAUGCAUGCCCUGGCUGGUUAUCAUCUUGUUUACCAAGAACAGAAAGGAACUGAGCGGCAUUCCCAAAACCUUGCUCUCGCAGCACACCAUGCGGAACUUGGUAUUUCUGAAAUGAAUAGGACAUUAACGAACCUUAACGAGACAAACUGCGGAGCCCUAUAUGUUGCAGCGGUUCUCGUAUGCUACUGCACCUUUGCCGCUGGUCCAACAGGUCCUGACGACCUUCUUAUAUGUGUUGUUGGUGGUGGGAUUUCGCAGAGGUGGCUUCCAGUGAUCCACGGCGUUCGGCUGAUUCGACAGAGUAUUGAACCAGCAACACUCUUUACGGGCCUCACGGCUCCUCUUGGUGGUGGCGCAAAAUCAGAAGCAGAAGACCUAAGGCCUGAGUAUCUGGUUCAGGGGUUCCCCCACAUCGACUGGGUUGGCCCUCUCGAGAAGCUUCGAAAUUGGAUAGCAUCUCACGACAACCCAGACACUGCUUUAUACCUGAGGGUUCAUAAAUCGUUAUGCGAUGUAUACGAGGCCAACUAUGGUAACUCGGAGGGGGUUAUCGGUGUUCCAAUAAGUAACAAACUUGUUUUUGGGUGGCUUUACCGCAUGCAAGAUCUGUUUGUUGGGUGUCUACAGCGAAAAGCCCCACAGGCUCUACUUCUGUUAGCAUAUUACGUCCCCUUGUUCAAGACAAUGAGAAGAUGCUGGUAUAUGGAUGGGUGGGCGGAACAUCUGCUCGAUAGGAUACAUGGGCUGUUAAACACGGAUUUACUAGGAUGGUUAGAUUGGCCAGUCGAGAUAUGUAGACAGCCAGAGGACAUAUAG